CUCCCGGCCUAUAAAUACUCACCCGGAGAAGAUCUCGGUCUCAGAGAACCGAGACCGACCUGAACGGCAUCACGAUGGCUUCCUUUGUGCUCUUCAUCUUCAUCAUCUUGCUCCUUCCUGUGGAAAGAUCUGCUGAACCAGAAACAUGCUAUGAAUGUUACAUUGAUAAAGGGGAUUACUGUGAUGGUGUCAAAAAAACCUGUAUAAAUCAAACGUGCUUAGGUGUUCAUUCUGCGGCCAACUUGUCACUAGAACAUUCUCUAAUCUCAUCGUUCUCCAGAACUUGUGUGGACCUCUCAAAUAAUUUGAAUGGCUCCUUCUAUUUUGAUUUUGGAAAUAAGAUUACUUUGGACUUUAAUUCUGAGAACUGCAAUGGAACACAAUGCAUGUUUGGAACUUUAGAUCCUCCAAUUCGCAAGUAUGAAAAUGGGAAAUCUUGCCCGAAAUGUUUCAGAACAGGUCACGAUGACUGUGAGGAAGAUGGAGAAGUGUUUUGCGUGGGUGAUUUAGUGAACUGCACUGAAGUGAAAGGACAAAUAACCCAUAAAUAUGCCGACUUAGAUAUGACCACAACAAUCCCUUUUGCUGGAAAAGGUUGUGUCAGUCAAUCGGUCUGCAGCUUGGGAUCUAAUAAGUCCAUCCGCUUUGGGAGUUUCACGUUCACAUUUAAAGACAUCAAGUGUUCUCCUGCAACCAACGGGGCUCUUUCAUCCUUGCGACGCCUGGCUUUCGCUUUGGAAAAGAAGGACCUCGGACCACAGGCGUCCUUCUUCUUCCCAUGCAUCCUUGGCAUCUUUGCUGUGAAAAUUCUCUCCUAGUUAAGUCAAAGGCAGCUGGCAAAGGCCUCCAGAAGGACUGGGAUGGGGUCAAUCUCCCUGCUUUUUAGCACUGAUGAUGUUACCUAGUUUGGUACUGAAAUGUCUGCAAGAAAACCACCAAGCUCAGAGAGCACCAGAGACCCCACAAGUAAAUUUAACGCUGCAAAAUCUUAUAGCUCUCUGUUGCCACUCUUAAUGUCCUUCUCAAUGUUGCCAUCUGUUGGUAUUCUUUUAUGGGAGAAAUUACGAACUAAAUAGGAAUUGUUAAUUGCAUUUCAUGCAAGAUUUCAUUCUGUUGAUAUGGAAUUAAAAUGAAUGUUGUUUAUGUCCUGCCUCUACAAAAUUUUGGCUCCAUCUUCUGAAUGAGGUUGAGAUUAAAUGUAACUUCAGACCCCCCCAAAUUUGCUUAGCUCCAGCAUAUUUUCCUUGAAGUCAAUGAGAUUUCACUUGAGUUUUAUGAAUAUAUUCCAUUGACUUCGAUGGUGUUAAACUAUUGAUUUUGCUUGAAUCAGUACAAUUAAGUUGGUUAAUAAAGUAACUGUAUCUCUGUGUUCAUAGUAUCAUUUCAUAUUCCAAAGCAAUUGAUCCAUCCAAAAAUAAUUUACCUCUAAAUACAGUAUUCUAACAGCUGAUUUCCCAUCAAUCACUCUCUAUAUAUGCACAGGUUUACUUAUCAGGUUUUGGGUGAUAUAUUUAUAUAAUAUGAUGCUUGAACAGUUGUUCUUAAAACUUGACAUUGAAAUGUUGCAAUCGUUGUUGAAAUAGACCAAUAUCCUUUGGUCUGUAUGAAACCACUGUUUGCAGACAUUUCCUGUCUCUGGAAAGAAAGCUUCAGUUAAUGCUACAUUUUUCUACCUUUCCAGUUGAAUUGUCAUAAAAUUAAAAUAAAAGGAAUUGGAGAUUAACUCUCCAGUCUUACUGUU